AAAGGCGAGGAAAAAGAGACGGAGCCUGAGAGACGGAGAAGGAGAGAGAGAGGAAGAAAGAGGCAGAAAGGGCGUGUUUCUGGCGCUGCGUUUCCCCUCCCCUUUCUCAGGUCCCUCGCUCGGGUUCUGCGCGCUCUCCUGCUGGAGCUCUCUGCGGGCGAAGCUGGAAAUUGGGUGGGAUUUUACGGAGCAGCCCCGCCGCCGCCGAUAGCACAGCCCGGCUAGGAGAGGGCGGAGGUUCCCCUCCGUCAGCGGCUCCGGACGCCCCAGCCUCUUGGCGCUCUCCGCCUUGCUCUUCCCGGCGUCGGGUCGGGAGAAGACGGCAGCAUCGGGAACCUCCUGCCAGGGAGCCUCGGUCCGCGCCCCGCACCCCAGCCUCCAGCCGGGCCCCGAGGGGCGCCCCCUCCCCUCCCCUCCCCCCUCCGGCGCGCGGGGGCCCGGCCCGCUUCCGCCCUCCGGGAGCUGCGAGACCAGCCCCGGCCGCCCGGCCGCGGGUGGCUCCAGCAUGGGCUCGGGGCGCGUGCCUGGGCUCUGCCUGCUCGUCCUGCUUGUCCAAGCCCGCGCCGCCCAGCACAGCAAAGCCACGCAAGAUGUGGACGAGUGUGUGGAGGGGACCGACAGCUGCCACAUCGAUGCUAUCUGCCAGAACACCCCACGCUCGUACAAGUGCAUCUGCAAGUCCGGCUACACAGGGGACGGCAAACACUGCAAAGAUGUGGAUGAGUGUGAACGAGAGGAUAAUGCAGGUUGCGUGCACGACUGUGUCAACAUCCCUGGCAAUUACCGAUGUACCUGUUACGACGGAUUCCACCUGGCACAUGACGGACACAACUGUCUGGAUGUGGACGAGUGUGCCGAGGGCAACGGCGGCUGCCAGCAGAGCUGCGUCAACAUGAUGGGCAGCUACGAGUGCCACUGCCGGGAGGGCUUCUUCCUCAGUGACAACCAGCACACGUGCAUUCAGCGGCCGGAAGAAGGAAUGAACUGCAUGAACAAGAACCACGGCUGUGCUCACAUUUGCCGGGAGACACCCAAAGGGGGUAUUGCCUGUGAAUGCCGCCCCGGCUUCGAGCUCACCAAGAACCAGCGGGACUGCAAAUUGACGUGCAACUACGGGAACGGUGGCUGCCAGCACACGUGCGACGACACAGAGCAGGGUCCCCGGUGCGGCUGCCAUGUCAAGUUUGUGCUCCAUACCGACGGGAAGACGUGCAUCGGGGAAAGGCGGCUAGAGCAGCACGUCCCCCCUCAGGCCGUUUCUAAUGAGACCUGUGCUGUCAACAAUGGGGGCUGCGACAGUAAGUGCCACGACGCAGCGACAGGUGUCCACUGCAGCUGCCCUGUGGGCUUCAUGCUGCAGCCAGACAGGAAGACCUGCAAAGACAUAGACGAGUGCCGCUUGAACAAUGGUGGCUGUGACCACAUUUGCCGCAACACAGUGGGCAGCUUUGAAUGCAGCUGCAAGAAGGGCUAUAAGCUUCUCAUCAACGAGAGGAACUGCCAGGAUAUAGACGAAUGUUCCUUUGACCGAACCUGUGACCACGUAUGUGUUAACACGCCGGGCAGUUUCCAGUGCCUCUGCCAUCAUGGCUACCUGCUGUAUGGUGUCACCCACUGUGGGGAUGUGGAUGAGUGCAGCAUCAACCGGGGAGGCUGCCGCUUCGGCUGCAUCAACACUCCUGGCAGCUAUCAGUGCACCUGCCCCGCGGGCCAAGGCCGGCUGCACUGGAAUGGCAAGGAUUGCACAGAGCCGGUGAAGUGUCCGAACGGUCCCGGUGCCUCAAAAGCCAUGCUCAGCUGCAACCGGUCUGGCAAGAAGGACACCUGUGCCCUGACCUGCCCCUCCCGGGCCCGGUUUUUGCCAGAGUCUGAAAAUGGCUUCACGGUGAGCUGUGGCACCCCCAGCCCCAGGGCCAUUCCAGCCCGAGCUGGCCACACCGGGAACAGCACAAACUCCAACCACUGCCAUGAGGCUGCAGUGCUGUCGGUUAAACAGCGGGCCUCCUUCAAGAUCAAGGACGCCAAAUGCCGUUUGCACCUGAGAAACAAAAGCAAAAUGGAGGAGGCCAGCAGAAUCCUGGGGCCAGGUGGUGCCCCCUGCUCUGACUGCCAGGUCACCUUCAUCCACCUCAAAUGUGACUCCUCUCGGAAGGGCAAGGGCCGGAGGGCCCGGACCCCUCCAGGCAAGGAAGUCACUCGGCUCACCCUGGAACUGGAGGCAGAGGUCAGAGCCGAAGAAACCACAGCUGGCUGUGGCCUGCCCUGCCUCCGACAGCGGAUGGAACGACGGCUGAAAGGGUCCCUGAAGAUGCUUAGAAAGUCCAUUAACCAGGACCGCUUCCUCCUGCGCCUGGCAGGCCUGGAUUAUGAGCUGGCCCACAAACCGGGCCCUGCAGCUGGGGAGCGAGCAGAGCUGGUGGAGGCCUGUAGGCCCGGGCAGCACCGCACUGGGGCCAAGUGUGUCAGCUGCCCGCAGGGGACGUAUUACCACGGCCAGACGGAGCAGUGUGUGCCAUGCCCAGCGGGCACCUUCCAGGAGAGAGAAGGGCAGCUCUCCUGCGACCUUUGCCCUGGGAGUGAUGCCCACGGGCCUCUUGGAGCCACCAACGUCACCACGUGUGCAGGUCAGUGCUCACCUGGCCAACACUCUGUAGAUGGGUUCAAACCCUGCCAGCCAUGUCCACGUGGCACCUACCAACCUGAAGCAGGACGGACUCUGUGCUUUCCAUGUGGCGGGGGCCUCACCACCAAGCACGAGGGGGCCAUCUCCUUCCAAGACUGUGACACCAAAGUCCAGUGCUCCCCUGGGCACUACUACAACACCAGUAUCCAUCGCUGCAUCCGCUGUGCCAUGGGAUCCUAUCAGCCCGACUUCCGUCAGAACUUCUGCACCCGCUGUCCAGGAAACACCAGCACUGACUUUGACGGCUCCACCAGCGUGGCCCAGUGCAAGAAUCGUCAGUGUGGUGGGGAGCUGGGUGAGUUCACUGGCUAUAUCGAGUCCCCCAACUACCCAGGCAACUACCCAGCCGGUGUGGAGUGCGUCUGGAACAUCAAUCCCCCACCCAAGCGCAAGAUCCUUAUCGUGGUACCCGAGAUCUUCCUGCCAUCUGAGGACGAGUGUGGGGACGUCCUCGUCAUGAGAAAGAACUCCUCCCCAUCCUCCAUUACCACCUAUGAGACCUGCCAGACGUACGAGCGCCCCAUCGCCUUUACAGCCCGCUCCAGGAAGCUCUGGAUCAACUUUAAGACAAGCGAGGCCAACAGUGCGCGUGGCUUCCAGAUCCCCUAUGUCACCUACGACGAGGACUACGAGCAGCUGGUAGAAGACAUUGUGCGAGAUGGCCGGCUCUAUGCGUCUGAAAACCACCAAGAGAUUUUAAAGGACAAGAAGCUCAUCAAGGCCUUCUUUGAGGUGCUGGCUCACCCCCAGAACUAUUUCAAGUACACAGAGAAGCACAAGGAGAUGCUGCCAAAAUCCUUCAUUAAGCUGCUCCGCUCCAAAGUUUCCAGCUUCCUGAGGCCCUACAAAUAGUACCCCUAUGCCCAAGACCCAGGUUUUGAAGACCCCACACGCCUUAGCCCUCAGAGCCAACAGCCCCCACCCUCGGAUGAGGAACUCUCUUCUCUGUUUUCAGAGAAAAAAAAUCACUAUAUAGACCAAGAACUCUCCCUUUCUGUCUCUCUAGUGUCCUUGUCUCUCUGCCUCUCUCUUUCUCUUUCCCCCUCUCCUGUUUUUCCUUUUCCUACACAUUCCCUGGAAAAGCCUUUCAGUACUGGCCCUAUUCCCCCUGAGGGGUGAAGGAACAGUACCCACACUCCUCCCCAGCCACACUGCCCAUUUUACCAUCUCACAUCCCUAACCCCAUCAACUUGUAAGGGUGCUAAAGGCCUAAAAAGUGGGUCUGCUGGGGAGUGGGAAGGGAGAAGAGGGGCUUCUGCCAUUACAAGGUUGUGCCUUACUAGUCUGGAGCCAAAAUCUGCCCUGGCUAUGUCCUACCCCCCCAGGGGAUUCUAACAGCCCAGGGUUCUGCCAAAGAAGUCUCUGACUUACAGGCUCACUGCCAGUGCUGGUCCUCUGGGGCGUGUGGUUUGAGCCCUGGACCACCCAAACAUCUGGCUUCCUUGUCUAUACAGCUCCUCCACUCCUCCCCCCUCAUGUCUGCCUGGGGUCCAGUCUAUGAGGGCUUACGAAAGGCUCACGCCAUGGGGCUGGUGGACACCGGCUGAAUGAGGAAGAGCAGCAGGCAUGACCACGGCAGAAGCACUGCUUCACUCCCAAGAGAAAGACUCUAAUUCUGCAGGACAGAAACUGGGUUCUAAACCAUCACCAAGAAAAGAGGGGGGAGGGGUAAAGAAAUUGUAUCAUCUAAAGGACUAGACUAUAGAACAACUAGAAGCCAGCCUCAAACAUUAGUCCCUUUUCUUACUUGUCUUCCCUGGCCCAGCCAUUCCCUCACUCCCACCCAAGUGCUCCCUGGGGGAGCCUGAGUCCCCUUGCUAAACGUUGCCCUUAAAGAAGCAUGGCUGCUAAGCGGAAGCCAGCCUGGGCCUUACCUCAGAGUUGUCUUUCCCUUGUAGCCCCAGAUGGCUUGUGGGCUCCACCAAAGAGGACCCCGCUCUGCAGCCAGCCCUGAGCCACCUGCCUCUGGCCCCAGGCUGUGGGCAGCAAGAGGAACAUGUGUGCACUUGGCAAGCCUUCCGCCCGCCCUGUCCACAUCUAAUAAGUGCAAUCAUUUGAGUCUUUCUGUGUUGUCUAGAGGGAGGGGUUUUUGUUUCCUGGUUUUGUUUUCAUUUCUUUCUCCUCUAUUAGGACAACCCUAUUUAUAGCUUCCCAAGAGAGAAGAGUAUAUGUUUGGAGUGGAUGAAAAAAGGUUUUGAAUCUCAUGAACUUGGAGUGGGGGCUCAUCUGAUCUCUCUCUACUCCUGAACCAGUGGCCAUUUGGACUUCCUCAGCCCUCAGUGUGGGUAACCCAGGGCUGCAGCUCAGAGGUACCUGGUGUGUAAGACAGUAGUUCUGGGGACUUCAUGAAGCAAAACGGAGAGGGACAACCCUCUAUCCCUGUUCCUCUCCAUGGAUUCAGCAUGGACCUCGUGAUCGUAUAAGCUGAUGGAAUAGGUCAGUGAUUCUCCACCCCAAGAGGGAAACCUCCACCUUCCCUGCCGUCAUCCUGUCUUCCCCUGGUGUACACUGGAAGAGGACCAGGACAAACCCCCUGGGGAUGGGGCUGACGCGGCCUGAGGCCAGAGGCAAGGCUGAAGAAAUCAAGAUUUGGACAGUUACCCAGGCAUCAAGUUGUUUGCCUGACCUUGGCCAUUUCCUUUCAGAGUUGACUUCAAGCCUAGCUUCCUGGAGUACUGCUUUUCAAAAGGAAGAAGAAUCAAGUCUAUGCCCACACUUCACCCACAGUCCACCGCUGCCUGUAAAAUUAUUUGCCAUUUGCUAUUUCUAGUUCCCCCAAAGCUAGUGUUAUCCAAUCAGAGGCUACCAAUUGACUUGUAGUGUUUAUUUCUAAGUGACUGUCCCAGGCUAUUGCUCCCUCAGGAGACUCAACACUAAAUAAAAGAGCUUGACCUCCUACCCUUUCCCCAGCUAGUAGCAUUCACCAGCCAAAACAGUCUUAGUGCGUAGGUAACCAAUGUCACAGCCGGGUCCCCUGACAUGUUAACCAACAUCUUGGCCGUUAGGGGUGGAGUGUCUGGCUGCUUUUGCCUCUCUAGAUCAAAGAAGGUGCUGCUAUAAAGAUCCAGAGUGGCUGCCUCCAAGCAGGAAACUGGUCAUUUAAUAGAAGUAUCCAUUCUCCCCAGGAAAUGCCAUGAAAACUGCUUUAAUCAACUUUGGCAAUCCUGUUUUUCCACCAGAAGAAGCUAAGAUAACUGAUUCUUCUCUCCCUAUCAUUUGCAUCUCUCUUAGCCUGUUGGAGUGCUUCCCAAUGUAUGUCUUUAGGGCCUGGCUUUGCCUUACCAUACAUAUACAAACACACUUCCUCCGAUCUUAUUCUAUGGUUCUGGGACCUGCAAAUGAUUUCCACGGUAUGGCAAGUAUAGACCUCGAGGUUUCUUGCUGAUGUCAAGCAAGACAGAUCUUGGUGAGCAGUGAAGAGCUGCUAAUGUCCACCAAGUUUAAUGUAGGUUCUCCAAGUUGAGGGGAGGGGAUUAAGUGGACUGAAUGAGGAGUCAACACUCAGGGACUCUGUAGGUCUCACCUUUACAAGUCAGGCGGAAAAGGGAAGUGGAAAGAUGAUGUAAAUGGGAAUCCUUCCCGAAUCAGCCAGAGGCCACUCUGCAGGAUGGGUGUUUACAGGGUCUUGGUGCUGUGAGGCUUCAUUUAUCUUAGUCCAAAGCCUGCCCUGAUCUGAGUCUGGGAAUGAGAAACCAUUUCUGCAGAAGCUCUGAGCACCCAGUGAUGCAUAUCAGAAAGGUGCUUCUGUCCUCAGCAAUAUGCAAUCCCUUUCACUUCUCUGCCUCCUCAUUCUGCAUUAUUAGACCAGGCCCAUUCCCUAAACCUGAGGGAACUCAGAGUCUGGAGGAAGCUGACCAGAGUCUGACCUGGAGCUCCCACCUGCCCCAAG